AUGAAUUAUAAAAAUAAUAUUUACGAUAUAUUAAGACAGGAGGACAAAAUAAAAAGAAAAGCAAAGCAGCUGAAAGAAGAUCAAAAAAAAAAGGAAAAUGAGAAAAAAGACUUCAGCACUUUUUCCUUCGAUAUUAAUAAGUACACGUCGUGGGCUGAUAUGGUUGACGAGUACGAUGAAUUUUUUUAUGAAGUAGAAAAAUUAAAGGAUCAAGAAAAGAAUGAAAAAAAAAACAAUGAGAAUAAAAAAAAAAAAAAAACUGUAGAAGUUUCUGAUGAUGACAGUACCGAAUUUGAUGAUGAAGAUGAAGAAGAAAAUGCUGAUAAUAAUCAAGAGAAUAUAAAAAAUCAAAAUUCUAAUAAAGUGAAAGAAAUUAAAAAAAAAAAGAAAAGUGGAAAUAAAAAAAAAAAUAAAAGCUCAAAUAAUGCAAAUAAGAAAAAAAACUUUGAUAAUUUAUUGUUGGAAUAUACAAUGAGUAACACUCUAUUGAAUACAGAAAAUAAUAAUACAGACAUCAAAACUGUAGAAACAAAUAAUGUAAAAGAUCAAAAUUCUAAUAACCUCAGUAUAGAUGAUAAUAAAGAAAAAUCCUCAUGUAAUAUAGAUGAUGGAAAUAAUGUUCAGGUCAAUGAAAAAAUAAAACUAUUAUUAAACAAUAAUUCAAAAAAAAAUAAAAAGAAAAGAGAAAAAAUAGACGAUAUUAUAGCCAUCGUAGAAAAAGAAGAAAUUAUAAAAGAAAAACAAAAACAAAAGCUGUUCCAAAAAAACAAACAGAAAUUAAAAUUAAAUCAUCAAAUGAAAUAA